AUGGUCGCCGUCAAGCAUCUCAGCCUGGCUACCAUGCUCUGGCUUGGACUCGCCAGCCGAGGACUCGCCCUGGAGAUCGAUGAAACCAACAACGGCCUCAACCUUGUGGCCAGAGAUGAUCUUGAUCUCGAAACCCGUGACCUCAACUGGGAUCUUGAUCUUGAAGAGCGAGACGAGGAUUUGGAUCUUGAAGUCCGAGAUGAAGAUGAAGAGCUCGAAGUUCGGGACGAGGAUGUUGAUCUCGAGGCUCGUGACGAUCUUGAAGUAUACACCAGAGCCAGCUCAAGAUACGGUGGCCGUCGACGCCACCCCCCACGGGACCUCGAAGUCCGCCGGGGAGGAGGCGGCGGUUCUGGUGGUGCUUUCAGCCACCGCCAUCGCACACGAGACCUCGAGGUCCACAGGGGAGGUGGUGGUGGUGGUGGCCGUGGCGGCGGUUCCGGUGGUGCUUUUAGCCACCGCCAUCGCACACGAGGCCUCGAAGUCCGUCGAGGAGGCGGCUCAGGCUCUGCCGGCGCCCGUGGCCACCAUCACUAA